UCCUUGGAACCCAGAGCCCUAGUCCUAGUUCAGCUGUCACUAAAGUACCUGCUCCUGGAGGAGUUGUUGGGCACCUGUGCAGGAGAAGAGAAGAGCUCUGGGGGCCUAGGAUCAAGAGACAAGGAGGAGCUGAGAUCUGGACAAGAGAGACUGAGGACAUGCAGGAGAAGGAGGAGCAACUCAGGAGGAUGCUGACUGAGGUCAUGACCCAGAAGGGCCAGCGUGGAGGCAUUCACACCCUUCAGGCAACUUUCGGCUGUGAAACCCAAGGAAACAACACUGGAGGCUUCUGGCGCUUGGGCUAUGACGGGCAAGACUUCCUCACCUUUGACCAGAAGAGCCAAACAUGGAAAGUGUCCGUGCCUUCAGCACACUCAUCCAAGACCUUCUGGGAGAGGCAUGGCCCUAGUGUGGAUCAAGUUCAGACUUUUUUGAAUGACAUAUGUCCUGACCGUCUCCAGAGAUAUUCAAUUUAUUUGGAGAACCAGUUGAUGGAUACAGGUUCCCCAAACAUGACAGUGACCAGCAAAGUGCACGAAUUGGGCAAGAUCACCCUGACAUGCUGGGCUUUUAAUCUGAAUCCUGCUGUGGCCACCCUGGCCUGGCUUCAGCAUGGGAAGCCGGCACAGCAGCAUACCUUUGGCCCUGGGACCAUCCUGCCCAGCGGAGAUGGGACCUACCAGAGCUGGGUGUCUGUUUGGGUUCUUCCUGGACAGGAACCACAGUUCACCUGCCGCCUGAGGCACCGCAGCAAGAACAUUGAGGUCCCUACACUCCUUGAACAUCAAGCCAGGAAAACUGGUGGAGCCACCAGCUCAGUUUCUGCUCUUGUGGCUUCUGCUUUUCCUGCCGUGUUGGUAUUUCUAGGCCGGGCCUAGAGCAGCAAGAACACACAGGACAGCAAGAGACCAGGUUACCCCAUUGGACGAACAUUUCCCAGUAUGCAGUGAGAGUCUGGUGACCUGGUUCGAGAGUGGAAUUCCCCCUUGGGUGGUGUGCUCCUGGGCUCUAAAGAACUCUGUGCCUCUGAAUGAACAACCUGAGGUACUGGUCAACUGGCUGACUUGUCCUGAAGAUGUCCAUGGGAUCUGGAUGAAGACAACUUUCUAGGACCCCUGCAUUGCCCACACCCUAUUAUAGUGUCUCCUGAGGGAAAGGUUCUGCCAGAGCUUUGGUUGUUAGCCACAGCCCCAGGCAGUGGGAACAUUGAUGGGACAUAUGGAAAAAAUGAGAAAUUACAACAUGGACAUAAUUUUAUCAUUGGAGUCACUGCCUGUGUUAGCCCUUCAUGUGUGUUACUGACUGGGAGUUCCUCUAUUUAAGAGGGUGGGGAACACUUCAAAAUGACCUCCAUCAAUUGUAUCCCCUUUAAUUGUGUAAACACCACUCCCAUCCCGUGCUCAUAGUAAGAGCCUCUCUUGCUUCCACAGCCUCCCUUAGUUAUGGCUCCUGUACACCUUGAUGAUACACCACGUGAUUUUGAAGGACGGAUUCUCAGGGAACUAUAUCAGGCUCUUUCUAGAGAAAGGAAGAUUUUGAAAAGCCCAGGAAUAUGAAAAAUUGUAUGCGUAUAGCCUAUAUGUGUAUUCUGUGGGUGCUGUCUCAAAACAAGCUACCUGAGCCUUUGUCCUACAUUCUCCCAGAUACAGAGAAGUAGUUAGAACAGACCCAUGGCUAUGUAAACAUCUUGAACUAACACCCUGUAACCAGAGGUUGUCAAUUCUGACUCUGAGGGUGACUCAAGUCAGUUGUAAAUCUUAACCCCUGCACUUCCCAGAGGAUUAGUAGCUGUAAAUCCUGACCUCCAGAGUAAUCUCAAAUGGCUAUAAAUUCUUAUGGGAUGACUCAUCCCUAACAGGCUUGAAGGCCAGCAGGCCCAAACCAGUAAAAAAGAUACUUUCUGAGAGC